UUAAUGAAAGUUUAUGAUCUUUUCGAUAUAAUUCUGUCAAGCUGUCUAACAAUUAGUUUUAAGCGCUUCAAUACAAGAUACCAUCAAACAAAAAUCAACAAACUCAAUUAAGUUAAAGAAAACACAAUUAUAUAUAACAAAUCGUAUAUGUUUUAUACAAAUUGUAAUUAUUUUUAUCGAUUUCGAUUUGAUUUUAAAAACCCACGAUAUGUACCCAUCCCUUGUAAAACAAAAACGAUUUUAGUUUGCGUUUAAAGUAAGAAAACAGCAUAUACAAUUCAUUUUUGUUCAAUAAAAAUAUAUUUAACUAAACACUCGUCUUGCCUUUUGAGUCUAGGAUGAUUUCAGUUUUGAGGAAAUCAUUCCCAAAUGUGGUCACCCAAGCUAAUCGCGUGGUCAGGUGCAAAUCCAAGCAGGAUAAAUGUGCCAAAAACGCUCUGAUUAUCCUGGCCCCGGGAGCGGAGGAAAUGGAAUUUACCAUAUCCGCCGAUGUCCUACGAAGAGGAAAGAUCCAUGUUACCGUGGCUGGUUUGCAUGGUUGUGAACCGGUCAAGUGCUCCCGAUCUGUGCUCAUCGUGCCGGAUACUUCCCUGGAAGAGGCCGUGACCAGGGGUGACUACGACGUGGUGGUCCUGCCUGGCGGAUUAGCUGGGAACAAGGCGUUGAUGAACUCGUCCGCCGUUGGCGAAGUGCUGCGUUGCCAGGAGUCAAAGGGCGGCUUGAUUGCCGCCAUUUGUGCAGCUCCCACUGCGCUGGCCAAGCACGGAAUCGGAAAGGGGAAGUCCAUCACAUCGCAUCCGGAUAUGAAGCCCCAGCUGAAGGAACUUUAUUGUUAUAUAGACGACAAGACUGUAGUCCAGGAUGGCAACAUAAUUACUAGUCGUGGUCCUGGGACCACUUUUGACUUCGCCUUGAAGAUUACCGAGCAACUGGUUGGAGCCGAAGUUGCCAAGGAGGUGGCCAAGGCAAUGCUCUGGACUUAUAAACCAUAACGGGAAACCAACAAACUUAUAAACCAUUCAAGGAAAGCUGAUCAUAAAUUACAUAGAAAUAAAAAUAUGGAACAUUAA